AUCUGAUGGAGUGCCCAGGUUUUAAGACGAGCCGAGUACUUAACGCCAGCUCUCCCUUAGUCCGCCCGUAGGCACGAUUUACGGCGGCAGCUGACUAGUCAGCUGAUCGGAGCCCAGAUGGGAAGUGCGCCCAUUGAUGUGUAGCCGCCGCGUUUGUGCGCCUGUAGGGUGGGACGCUCGGUCUGUUCGUGACUUCAGGGGGCCACCCCUGCCCUGUACGUGUCAUUGGCGAGGUGUUUGGCCUCCUGUGAUUUUUUUGGGUGACACGGAGCCCGCGGACGGGUGGACAUGUUUGGAGCCGACGACGAUGAAGGGGACUUUCUGUCCCCCACCGGCGGUGCGAAGCUGGCGUCUUUGUUUGGCAUGGACCAGGCAUCGGUGAGCCAAGGGAACGAGUGCUUCCAGUUCACGGCACCAAAGCAGCCCAAGAAGGGUCCCGGCCAGACAGCGCCCCCUUCCCAAAAGCCACCCUCUGCUCCUGGAGCUCCUGCCGUCCUGCUGGCCACGGCGGUGACCGCCUUCCGAUAUGUGAGCGGGCAGUACGUGAAGCAAGGCAAGCUGGGAGCAGCCGUACUGGGAACUCACAGCACACACGAGUACAAGAUCCUCCUCUAUGCCAGUCCUCAGAAGCCCGUGGCAGCUGCCAAGAUCCACCCGUCUUUCCUCUUGACGGUCCAGCCUGGCAGUUAUGCCACAUUCUACGACGAUCAGCAGCAGAACUGGUCCCUCAUGUUUGAAUCUGAGAAGACGGCGAUGGACUUCACCAAGGAGGUGUGCCUUGCCAAAGUGAACGCGGCCCCCACUUUGGAUGGCGUGGUGGUUCAGGAUCUGCUCCUGGGAGAGGGGCCGGCUGUGGACAACGGGGACUUGCUGGAGGUCGCCUACUCGGGCUGGCUGCUGCAGAAUAACGCCAUAGGACAGAUGUUCGACUCCAACGUGGGAAAGGAGAAGCUGCUCCGCCUCAAACUGGGGGCCGGGAAGGUGAUCAAGGGCUGGGAGGAGGGAAUGUUGACCAUGAAGAAGGGCGGCCGCAGGCUCCUCGUCAUCCCCCCUUCGUUGGCAUACGGAGCGCAGGGGGUGCCCAGCCGCAUUCCCGCCGACAGCACGCUCGUCUUCGAGGUGGAGCUCCGGCGGGUGAAGUUCUUGAAGGACGGGGGGCUCGACAGGACCAGCACGGGCUCACGAGAUUCGAGUGCGUCGUCUCCGGCCCCCAGCCUGGAAAACGUCAGCCUCGAGACGGGCAUUCAGUCGGGUGUGCCAGUGGCUGGCAGGGAGCCGCCAUUGCGAGCGAAGUCCAAUUCACUGAGCGAGCAGCUGGCGAACCCGGACUCUACCAAAGCCAAGCUGAUCUCGCGCAUGGCAAAGAUGGGCCAGCCGAUGCUACCCUUCCUGACAGGGGCGCUGCCAUCCCAGCCAGACUCGAGCGAUUCUGAGUUAGAGGAUGCCAACACGCUCCGAGUCAUUGAGCAGCCCAUCGGCCCGAGUCCACCUCAUGCCCAGAUGCCAGCACACCCGGUGACAACACAAGUGCCCCAGGCGGUAGCAGGACUGCCCAUAUCCUCUGCUGCCCUCGUACCACUUUCCAUAACGCCGGCCCAGCCACAGCCUGUGCUGCCAGCCAGUGCCCACACGUUCCAGCCAUAUCCCUACCCACAAUCCUCCUUGGUGGCCUCGCCGAUGCAGACAGCCGGGCCGAUGUACAGUGCGCCCGCCGUGCCCUUCCAAGCGCCUCCUAGUGACGUCACGGCCUUCCUGAUGACCGAAGCGAGACAACACAACACCGAGAUAAGACUGGCAGUUGGCAAGGUGGCUGACAAGGUCGAGCAGCUGACCGCCAAGGUGGACGAGUUACACAAGCAGGGAGGGGCGCCCCUGGGGCUGGCAUCGGUCUCCAUGGAAACGGCAAUGAUCAUGCAGAACAUUCAGAGGAUCAUUCAGGAAAACGAGCGGCUGAAGCAGGAGGUGUUUGAGCGAAGCGCGCGGAUUGAAGAGCAGAACACGAAGAUGAGCGAGCUGAUCAAGCAGAAGGAGAGGUACACGGAGCAGAUAAACCUGCUGCUGGAGCAGAGGAACGACUCGCUGAAAUCCAACGCCUCGCAGACGCAGGCCCGGGUGCUGCAGGCCGAGCAGGACAAGCAUGCUUUGCCACAGGAGGGAGAUUGGGACCAGGCCAAAGUUGCCCAGGAACUGGCAGCUGCCAUGGCGCAGGUUAGCCACCUCCAGUUGGAGCUCAGCACCCAGCAGAAGAAGGAGACGGAGCUGCAGGUCCAUCUGGGCAAGACACGGACGGAGGCCGAGGUGUGCCAGGCUCAGAUGAGCAGCCUGCACUCGCAGGUGGGCGAGCUGCGCCAAGAGUUGGAGCGGGUACAGAGCCUGGCACGGGCAGACAAGCAAGGGCAGAAACAGCUGGAGUUGAGGCUGAGGGGCUUGGAGGAUGAGCUGGGCGACCUGCGGGCCGAGAAGGAGGGUCUCGAGAAGACCCUGGCGGACAGAAAGAAGAAGUGGGCAGCCGAGCGACAUCGCCAUGACGACGAGCUGGAGGAUCUGCGCAGGAGCGGGCAGCAGGAGCUCGAUGGGCUGCGGGCACUCUUGAGGCGGGCCAGGAGUAGCACUGACCAGGCAGCCACUGCCGAGCAGCUGGCACUGGUCCAGGCAGAGCUCGAGUCCGAGUGGCAGAGCAAGUGUGAUCGGUUGGUGUCGGCUGCCCAGGAGGAGCACAGCAGGGCCGUGGCCGAGCUGACCGAGCAGAAGGACGCCCUGCAGGAGAAGGUCACUCAGCUGGAGGACAAGUUAUCAGUUAGACAGUCCAGGCACCAGGAGGAGGAAGAGCAGCUGCGGGCCCUGAGAGAGAAGUAUUGUACCCUGCAGGAGAGUGCAAAGGCCCAGCGGGCACAGCUAGAAGAGCUGCAGAAGAGCCACACGCCAGGGGCGAGCCAGCCAGAUGUGGCAGGAGAGGUGAAGCGCGUGAUGAACGCCGUCUUCCAGACCCUGCGCCGGGAGAUCCAGCUGGACGAGUCGUACGGUGGCACCGCUGUGUUGGCCAUCAUCAUGGACACCAUAAAGACGGUCACCUUGCAGAUGCUCACCCAGAAGCAGGACGCAGUCCAAGGACAGCCACCAAGUGACGAGGAGGAGGAAGAGGAGCAGACGGAAAAGGAAGUGGAGUGGCCUGCUGAACAGGGGGAUGCCCAGCACAAGGAUGAGCCUGGCGAGCUGGCAGCAGCAGACGUGAAGGUCAUGGUGGAGGAGGAGGAGGAAAAGAGAGGACCCUCUACAGAGUGUGGGACUGAGGAAGAGGAGAGCAGGCCGCUGCCGGAGGAAGAAGAUAAGGCUGGUGAGCAGCAAGUGCCCACUGAGCCGGCAGCCCCUUGCCAUGAAGUGGAGGGUCCGCUGCAGGUGCCCACUGAGCCGGCAGCCCCUUGCCAUGAAGCGGAGGGUCCGCUGCAGGUGCCCAGCAGGUCGUCUGAGGAGGAUCAGCGAGUGUUUCGAGGCGCUGCUCCCACCAGGCCGCCUCCCCCGCCUGAAGAGGAAGAUGAGGAGCCGAGCUUAAAGGGCCGGCCACCUCCCGCGCCGCUCUUCGGGGAGGAAGACGAUGAAGAAGAAGAUCUCGACUGGCUCGGCUGAGGACCCCCGUUUACUGUCCCGCUGGGUGGGUCUCCAGCGGUCUGGCGGCGGUGAUGUGAUGGACCUGCCGAGACGCAGCUGUGCCCACCAGGGAGCCACGCGGCCAGUCAACACUUUGGGGUGGCAGAGACACCCUUAAAAGUUGGUGGGCGGGAGGAGGAAGAGGGGGGCCGAGACGUCUGCUGACCACUGCUGACCGAGCAGAUGUCUGUGUGAGCCCCGCCCCCCCCGCCCCACUGUCCAAUCACAGACAAGCUUCUUAACUCUUUUGUACUAAUUAAAGGAAAACCUGCAAAAUCA